CACUUUAUUCAGGACCUUCUUGAAGUUGCAGCCGGCAACAGCAUGGCUUCAGGAUCAGAGGAAGACGAUGGAGUUAUUCCCCUGGACAUUGAAAAUGUUCACAUGCUCUUACAAGUGGAGCAUGAACAGAUCCAGAAAAGGACAUUUACCAACUGGAUAAAUGCUCAACUUGCCAAGAGAUGUCCACCUUCAUAUGUGUCAGACCUGUUUUUGGACCUCAAAGAUGGUUCACGGCUGCUGGAUCUGUUGGAAGUGAUGAGCGGUCAGUCAAUGAAAAGACAGAGAGGUCGAGGAGUUUUCCAGCAGAGGGCCAACAUUGAGACAGCACUAAACUUUCUCAAGAGAAAAUCUAUCAAGCUGGUGAACAUAAAUAUUCCAGACAUCAUAGACGGACGUCCAUCCAUCAUUCUUGGCCUCGUGUGGACCAUCAUUCUCCGCUGUCAUAUUGAGGAGCUGGCCAGUGCUCUGUCCUUUAGCUCCCGCCAUUCCUCCCUCGACUCUGUAGCGAGCUUAGACUCCUGGUCUGGAAGCCCCAUCCCAGCCAGUCCAGUCCCUUCUGGUCGGGUAUCACCUCUUCAUCGACGGUUCCGCGUUUCCGCCAAAAAGGCUCUGCUCAUGUGGGUCAGGGACCAAUGCAAAAAGGUUAAUUGCACCGUCAACGUGAAAGAGUUUAAGUCCAGCUGGAGAAGUGGGGAGGUCUUUCUGGCCAUCCUGUGCUCGCUCAGACCAGAACUGGUGGAUCUAUCAAAGGCCCAGACCAGAAGCAGUCUGGAGAACCUGGAAGAAGCCUUUCAUCUGGCUGAAAGGGAACUCCACAUUCCUCGUCUCCUGGACCCCCAAGAUGUUGAUGUCAAGGAUCCUGAUGAAAAGUCCAUUAUGACUUAUGCUGCCCAGUUUCUGCAGUAUUCCAAUGACAUGCCAUCGCCUGAAGACCACCUGCAGGUGUCGCCUAGUGAGCGGACGCAGGAUGUGACUUGUUGGCUGCAGCAGGCCUAUAAGGAGAUUUCAGAAACAUGGACAGCCACAGAGGGAUCAACUUAUGCCGAAAAAUAUCAGGUAUAUGAAAGCCUUACUGCUUCCUUUGCUGAGCAGAGAAGAUUGGUUAUGCGUCUCCUUGCAGCCACACGACGAUGCCCAGAACUAGACCAAGAACAGCAAGCCCUGAGGACAGCAUGGGAGCGACUGGAGCAAGAACUCCGAAGGUGUGAAGCCGAUGUGGAGCAGAGUCUCCCUCCUCCUCUGGACUCGGUCGUGAUGUGGCUGCAGAGAGGAGAGGCUGCGCUAACAGAAGAGGGAAGGGCAGCGAAAGAUCAUGUAGAAGCUGCCAAACAGGCAAGAGCAAAGCAAGACCAACUAAAGACAUUAAUCAAGGAGAUGAAUCAUUAUGUGAAGCUCACUGAUACUUAUCAUAAUGUGGAUGAUUCCGGAAAUAUGGCAGUGCCUCAAGAAAAGCUUGACGACAUAAAGAACCGUGUGACUGGCAUUCGAGUUUCUGCAAAAUAUGAAAUCAUAAAGCUAGAAUAUGAGGAAAAUUACCACACGGUGCAGGAUCUCCUGAGAGAAGUCAGGGCGAAGGUCCAGACCUGGAAAGCUCCUUACACAUCCCAGGAGUCCGUUCAGGUUCUUCUGCUUGACUGGCAUGAAACAAUAGAGCAUCAGGGAUUGCUCUUAAUUUUGAUUGAUGCUCUACAAAGCUUGAAGGACAAGAUGAAUGUUUAUACCAGCAAAGCUUCUCUAGGUGGAGAUUCCCAGCGUGUCACUCGUCAGGUGAAGGAAGCAGAAAGCGAAGCAGAGCUGGUGAAACAGAGUACGGCAACUGCUAAGGAAAUGAUGGAGAGAGUGGUGUCUGCAUGGGAUGUGUACAGUAAGAGCCUUUCUUCUCUUGAGGCAUGGCUGGCUCAAUCUACAGCUGCAGAAACGCAGGGUGUGAGCGAGUGGGCUUCAUGUCAUGCUCAGUUAAAUGAGGUGGGAAACUUCCUUAGUGAAAUGACAGAAGCUUCGGUUAGACUCACUUUGGUGAAACAAAUCAGCAAAGUCAACCUGCAGUGGGCUGAACGCAUGAAAAAGACUGUGUUUGAAGUACUUUCAGGACCCAAAGUCGGUUCCUCUUCUAUCCAGAUGUCAGAUUCAUUAAUACAAGAGGCUAACUUGCUCAUGAGACUGCCACUGGAGGUAUCUUCAGUCCCUUUAAAGGAUAUGAGACAAAAACUACAGUCCAUGAGAACAAAGCUUGGAGAGGUAGAUGUGUCGUCUAACAUCCCUUCUGCAGACCUUCAAACACCCCUUAAAGAAAACCUGAAGAAAACUCUCCUAAAGCUUGCUGAAACCGAAAGGUUAUGUGGGGAACUGCAGAGAGGAGCAUCCAAACUUGAAGGAUGUGUGGCUGAACUGGAUCACUGGAGCACAGAAGCCCUGGACUGUUAUGAGCAGCUGAUGGAAAAGAAACGCAAAGGAGGGCGCUCUGCAUUUGAUUCUGCUGUCAAAGUGUUAAUCUCUCGUGGGAUGAUGCUAACACAGCAGGUGGUAGCUGAGUGGCAGUUCCUGGAAGACUUUGUUUCUGAGCAACAAAAAGCCUCUUUGCAACAUUUAAGUAGAGCUGACAUGCAGGUCCGGAUUGCAGCCACCGUCUCUCAAACUCAAGAGAUACUUGAAAAGUUAAGUUCCUGUGGAUUCAAGAAGCAAAUUGGUGACUUCUGUGAACAGAUACAACUGUCUGAAACUCUCCAUCCAGAAACUGGGUCAUAUGUUCAGGCCAGAACCAAACAGAUUGUUCAGGCCAGAACCAAACAGAUUGUUCAUGUUAAACGGCAAAUUCCAGAACUGGUUCAGGUUCCUGAUCAGGGAACAACACGUCUCCAGGUUUCAAAACUCCAGCCAUCAAGCACAGAGGAGAGGAAAGGGACUGUAUCCCUGGUUGAAAUAAAAACCACGCCUGAGCCUGUCAUGGUACCAGUACGCCAGCAUCAGGGUUCUGUUCAAACUGAACAUCCUGCUCUGUCUAUACAUGCAGCGGGGUCAGUUACAGUGGAAACGAAGCGUUCAUCUUAUUCACACGGUCAAAGUAUCAAACAAAAGUCGGGAACAGCGUCGCAACCAAACAUCAAACUGGCACCAAGUCAAACCCAGCCACCGCCGAUGAUCCGCAGUGAGGUUCACUCUAAAGCCCAGUCGAUGGCCAGGAGCAGACUGGAGAAGGCCAGGGUUCGCCUGCAGGGACGCAUACAGCAAGCUAUAAAAUUAUUCGGUGGCAGAGAGAUGACUGAGUCACACAUCAAGAAAAAACAGAAAGCUCUUAACAUUCUUCAGCCUGCCAUGCUCGAUGAGUUUCUGGGGGCAGUGGAAGCUUUUGGGGCCUUCUGUUCAGGGCCGCAGCUCCAGGACUUGAUGCUUCUCUCUGACUCAGUCAGAAACCAGUGGGAGGGUGUGCGCCGGGAAAUGGCUGACUUUAUUUCCAUCCAAAAAUGUAAAAUCAAAGUAGAGCAGCCAUUUUCUGUUGGUAUAACUUUUACUAAUGCUCUGCAUGAAGCUGCUGACCAGACUGACCUCAGUUCCUUGCAGCACGGCCAUCAGGACGUUACCCAGGGGACUGGGUCAAUAGAGGAACGUUUUCAAGUCCUUGGAGAACUUUGUGAAACCCUGACACUAGAGAAAUCCUCCCACUUGCCAACAGACCCACAGACAGAACCUGACAAAGAGCAGAAAACCCAACUUAGUGUGGCAACAUUCCUGCCUAAGAGCAGGGGACGGCAGCUUGAGGUAAACACCCCACUGAGUCUGGCCGACAUGCAGCCAAGCUGCAGUCUCACUCCAGUGCAGAGCCUUGACAGGGCACAACCAGACAUCUUGCCCUUAGGCAAGGGAGUGCAUGCUCAAAGACUCGAUGACGCCCUCCAGCUGCGAGUUCAGGACGUCCCAUCAGGGAAGACGGACCACUUGAUGCAGAGCCAAGGAGACGGGUGGGAGAAAAAGGAGAAGCCUUCACUACGAGCUGAAGAGCAGCUGCUGCGAGCUCGCCUGCUGCACCUUCCAGAGAGCAAUCAGCAAGCACAAAGUCACAUACAGGCAGUUGUUAGGAGUAACACUGUGGAGAGCAAACAGGAGGCAGAAUGGACCGUCAUCCCAGAACCAGCUGUCCUAACACAGAUGGACCCCCCUCCUAAAGAGGAUCCACAAGGAAGAAAAAUAGAGCCUCUGAAAAAAGCCUCUUAUCUGAUGGAGUCUGCAGACAAUCGGAGGACAAUAACAGCACAUAAACUGGAUCAGAAAGUCAGGCGCUCUGUGGACGUCUCCUCUCUAAUGUUGGUUGAAUCCACAGUGUUUUCAGAGCUUAAGGAGAUUGACGAAACACUGAAGGAGGAAAUGGGAAGGCUAUCAAAGCGGGGGUCAUCGCAGCCAUCCCUCUGCCAGCCACUCCUCAGUGAUUUUUCUCAUCUGGAGCAGCUCAGACAGCAGCUGGAGGAGGUUCAGUCCACUAUACGUGACCUGGAUAACUUCCUGGCCACCCUGAAAAACAUCAAGGCUGAGAACCCAACCCUGAUGGCGAACUGGGACCCCUAUCAAGAAGGGGAAAGACUAUCUGGACAGUCAACAAUGGAGAGACUGAAGCAUGCUAUGGAGAAAUCUCAUAUUAUUGACAAUAGUUUAAAGGCGAUUGGGAUGACUCUGACCAUGGAUGGUGCUUCUGUUACAUGUCAGGUGUUGGUAGACCUUGUGUUUGAGCAGAUGACAUCCAGAAGUAAAGAAAUCCAAAACAGAGAGGAAAUGGGUCUCAAAGAUACAUGGAGAAAUGAUUCAGCAAAGCAAGACCAGGACCAGUCUGCUACAAGUGUUAAAGAAGAAGAAGAAUCAAUGUUGGAGGUCAAAAGGAUGAAACAGGAAGGAGACAAUAAAUCAGAAAUGCAAAAGCUUCAAGAACACAAAGUUCAGAUAUGGAGAUCUGAAGAGGGUUUCUUAAAAAACAAAGACCAGAGACAAAGAACCACCAACAGUCAGGCUGGGAGAGAUGAAAAUGAUCAUGAGAGUUUGGUUCAGAGAAAAUCUGCGUUAUUAGAUGUGCUGGGAGAGACCAAGGCUGCAGCAGAGAGGCUGGAGCUAAUGGAAGCCUCAAUACCUGCUCUGCAGCAGAGGACGCGUGCUUUGACAGAGCUGGAAAGCCGUCUUGCCAACCUCGGCUCUGAGGUACAGUAUAUACGUGAUGCUUUUUCAAAACCAGGAAUUCCAGAGGAGAACCAGAGCAGUGAAACUGAGGGUCUCUGGAAGGAGACGAUGAAAGCCACAUCAGAACGGUUGGAGCAGACUGUUUUCCUGACAGAGCUGCUGAGGAAAUUUCAGAGCAUGCAUAGUGAGCUUAGUGGCACUCUGCAGAGAGCUGAGACAACCAUAGGUGAACAAGCAUCCUACAUAGGAAGAGACUACCUGCAGAGGCUAUAUUCUAAGGUUAAGGAAACUAAAGAAGAGUUAAAUGGUCUCGGGGAUGACAUAGAGGAGGUCCGCUGUAUCUCUAGACAAUUUCAGUCUAUCCUGCGUCAGAUCCCAGGCUGCAACGCUGCUCCAUUUGAGAGGGAAGCGGAUGCACUCAUGGAUCGCUGGCUGGAUUUAUCUGAAAGAACCGAUUCCCACCUUGAAAACUUCCAUCUUUGCUUGACCAUAUGGGAUGGACUCCUGCAGAUGGGGGAGGAAGUGGAGAGUUGGACCAAAGGUAGAAUAGCUGUGCUUUCUCAGUGUCCCUCUUUCCAAACUGAGGACGACGUAAAGGGAUUGCAGAAUGAGAUUAUGACCCAAGAGGAGAGUGCAGAGCGUUUCCACCAAAGAGUUGCUGAGAUUCAGUCGCUGCUUCAAAGCGCAGAGACUCCUCUGGAGCUGCAGGUGGCUGAGACUCAGAUGAAUAAGAAAAUAGAGCAAGUGAAGGAGCUUUUUUUGGAAAGUAAGGAGGUGUAUAACCAGAUGGUGGCCACUAUGGGACAAAUUUCUGAAAGGAUGACAGAAUCUCUCAGCUCCCUCCAGAGGAUUCAGGACUCCCUCCACAAUCUCUCUGGUCAUGAUGUUGAGACGGUGCUGGGGAAACUUAAGGAAUUAUGUCGGCAGCUCCACACUGAAGAGGAACAGGUGCAGAGUUUGCUGGAGGAUGUGCAGGUUCUGGCCUCCAUAGCCACACCUGAGAGCCUCCAGAGUCUGUCUGUCAGUGGGAUUAAGCUGGAAGAGAAGAUCAAAAACACUCACCAGCUUUUCUCUGAAGUGGAGGAGCAGACUGAGAGGAAUAUAAAACAUUUGGACAGGCUGCGUAUGGAGAAGGAGCAGCUGGAAAAGUGGCUUCACACAGCUGAGGAAAAGGCACUGAAGGUGAAGGAUCGUAUUCUUCUGCAAGAGGAAAUUCUUCACGAAAGGGGGAGGACAGAGCUUAUAGCUAAGCUGGUAUCAUCUUUAAGAAGCAGCAGCCUUCCUCAGUCUUUGCUUCUGGAUCAGAGCAGUGAACUGCUAGAACGAUACCACAACCUUCUCACAAACAUCGGAGGUGGCUUACAAGAGGCGACCCCUUCGAUGACAAAUGAUUUGGAAAUAUUUCAGGGUUUGGUCAAAUCCAUUCAGUCGUGGCUUGACGAUCUGAGACGGAGUGUGGACUUUCCUCUCGCUGAUGCUUGUGAAAUAAGGACUUCCGCAGAGCAGAGUCUUCAUUGUGCUCUGGCUGUGUUAAAUGUAACAACAGUAGCAGAAGGUUGCCUAAAGGAGCUCAGAGUUACUGGAGAUUGUCUGAUCCAAAGAUUACAGGAAGAAGACCUAAAACAAAAGGUUCAGGCAACGAUUCAGAAAACAGAGGAAGAGUGGAAGAACCUUUUAGAAUCAGUUCAGCCUUAUUACAGGGCGCUGCAAGAUGAUUUAGAGCUCACCUCGCUGUAUCUGACCAGCAGACAAGAGGCCUGCUGUAAAGUGAAGGAGCUGCAGCUCCAGGCUGAACAGCUUUCUGCUCCCUUCCCCUGGCCGGGCACAGCUGAGCGUGCACAGGCCUCCCUCCUGGCCCGUCAGCUGGAGGCUGAAUCCGAAUCACUGAACUUAACUCUAAUAAACCUGGAGGAGAAGAGAAUUGAGCUGGCUAACAAAACCAGGAACCCUGUGUGGAAAGAUUCCUCCUGGGAUGAGUUAGAGACCCGUCAGUCAGCACUUAUGGCAACAAUAAAGGGUUUGUGUGCGCGGCUUGAUAAAGGUUUGAGUGAUGAAGAACACUUUGACCAGUUACUGAAAGAGUGCCGCCAUCGUUUGACAGCUCUUUAUGAGAGGAUAGCAGCCUUCCAAAGCCCAAAGGACAGCUUAGGCGGUCUGAAGCCUGAUGCAGAAGCUCUGGAGGCUUUGCUGAAACAAGUUGCUGAAAUUGAAGAAGAUCUGUUAAUGCUUGUGACGCUGAGGGACUCCUUUAUAGCCAGUUCCACAGCAGAAGGCCAAGCCACCCUUUCUGAUCAGAUCAGUACUCUUCAAAACCACAAGAGGGCAAUAGAAUGUGGCCUCAAAGAACUCAUUCAACCCUCAAUCCUGCAGGAAGAAAAAAUUCAACAAGUUAGGAGAAGAGCUUUUCUCAUACAGACAGAUCUAAGCAGUCUGGCCAAAAAUGUGGAGGAGCUGUCUGUGUUGCCAGAUAUCCGCCAGGUGACACAACAGCAGCAGGCAAUGCAGGACUGUGAUAAAAGGAUGACAGAGUUGGCUACCAGAGUUAAUGACCUGAAGAGGAUGAGAGAAACACAGGAAACGCUUCCUGCAGAGGCAGCUUUUACCAUCAGCACUGUUUUAAAAGACCUUUCCAGCCUCAAGUCAGUUUUCAACCAGAAGAAGCAAGAGUAUUUAGAAGUAACCGCUGAGACAGUAAGAGGACUCAUCGGAGAGCUACAGCAAUGCAGCCGAGCCGCACAAGUUCCAACAUCAUCACGCAGUCAGGUUGAUCAGGAUAAAUGUUUCCAGCUUCAACAGACACUUUGCGACGUUCUCGCCCAGCGGGGCCUUUUUGUAGAUAUUCUUGGAGAAGAAGUGAUGAAAACUGCAUCAGAGGUUCUAAAUGAAAGUCAACAAUUAAGUGAUUCUCUUUCUAAACGCCUGGUCGGUUGUGAACGAAUGCAAAUGGAGGAGCGGCCAAACCAAGGUGAAGAUGGCUGUUUAAGCGAUGAAGAUGGAACCACAUGUUUAGAUGUAGAGGAAAAAGCUGCAGACAUGUGUGAUUUUGCAUCAACACCUGCAACAGACACAGACAGUCACCAAAAUGGUGACAAAAGCCAGAAUUUAACCCAACCUCAAACCUGUCUACCAGGAGCGUUAAAGGAGGAAACUGAUCCCACCAAAUCGACUCAAGAAGACAGCUCUAUUAUGAGUAAAAAAGGAAUUAUCAUGGAGGUUAACAAAGAUGAUGAUUUAGCUAAAAUUCAAGCACCAUGCUCCGACAGCAAAGAUGUGUCAGAAACAAAAGUGCCUUCAUUUGGUUCAGGAAAAAUAAACCAACAGAUUUCAGCUGAGUCAGAUUAUGAUAAUCAAAGUCAAUUGGGGGUGAUACCAUCUGGUAAUACUACAGAGAUAUUUACAACCGAGACGCUAAGUAUUGAAGUGUUGCACAGAAGCUUUACCUCAGCCUUGGUCUUAGAUCCAUCUGAUUCAGAUAGUCCUAACAGAAGCAGUAAUUUACCUAGAAUCACACCACUAAAAGAAUCAUCUGAAUCAACCAUUCAGACCAUUUACCAUGUGGGUAAACAUCUCCCAACAGAAUCUGAUAAAUGUGAUGCCUUUAAAGAAAAAUAUUCUGUGAGCUCAACAGAAGUUUUUAUGGUCAAACCUGAGGUGGAGACUGAAAGAAUGCAGCAAGAGGAAAACACGACUAUGUGCAAUCCAGAUGUGCUUAGGUGCAGUCAGGAAAAAGAUCUGACUGAGUUCCCUCAGAAGGCAACUGGAUUCUCCCCAGUAGGAGUCCAUCCAGAGUCAGACAAACCUCCCUGUAUGAAAGCUGCACAUUCAGAGGCUUUUAAGGAAGGUCUCUGUGCAAAGGAAGACAGGCAUGAUAAGCUAGUCAGUGGAAGUCAAGAUAAAGUGUUCACCGUAGUGUUGGACAUGCAUUCAUGGGACAUACAACCAAGUGGAUACACUGGGGCCAGCAGCCCAGAUGGUUUCAGGUGGUCCCUAGAGGCUCAACACUGUGAUAUAAAGCUAGAAGAUAAUUCAAACAGUGGAUUUAGUGAGAAGAAACCAACAUGUUUACCCAUUUCAGGCAGCCCUGGGUUGCAUGUAAAAGAACUGGAGUCUGAAGCAACCUCCCUGGUUUCCCAAAUUAAAAGUAAGGAGAAUCAAUCAACCCAAUCAAAGUAUGAAGAGGCGCUGACAUUGUCUAAAUCACAUAUGUUUGAGACUGAGCAUUCAGCUGAAACAACAUUUCAAGUCAGCAAAAAGGAGCAGAACAUCUGUCAAGCUGAAGGAAAACCUGAGAGCCCUGCCCUGUGCUCUGCAGAAGAUCCAGUGCCAAAUCAAGGGGAAAUCGAAACUGCAAUGCAAAUGAAUACAAGUAACAAUAAACACAUAAUGACUGGUUACGGUGGAAUGAACAACGGUGAGGGGGCAGCGCAGGGAGGAGCUUCUGAUUCUGAAUGCGCAGAUGGGAAACACUGUGCAACACCAACAGGACGAGAGAGUCCUUCACUGCUGGAUGGACAAAACAAACGGAAACCAAAUGGAGUGCUGCAGGAAACUGUGUUACCACUGGUGAAGUCUCAGAGCAGAGAAAGCAUGGAGCCUGAGAGGAACCUGCCGGGGUUACAAUGUGGUCCAGGUGCUGAAGAGCUGACAGGUGGAUCACAAGGAACCUACAACUACAGUUCCACCUUACAAGAAAGAUUAUCUGAGAUUCAAGGCUCAGUGGAGCAGAGUCACAUCAUAAAGGGGACACCUCAUAUGGACCUAAACCUAAAGUCCUCCCAUGAUGAUGAAGACAUUCGAUUAGCACGGACGGUUCAGCAUGUUUUGGCUUGCCGAUAUCAACCAGCACGGCUAAAUAGCACAGCAAUGGCUAAGCAAUUAAAGGAUGCCAGGGAAUUAAGGCAAUGUGUGCAGGAGCAAAGGGCUGCUAUUAAAAGCAAUGCAGCAACAUUUUCAGAUCCAAAGGCUUUAGAAAGAGCUGAGAAAGAAUGGAGUUCAGCUUUACUGGAUGCCUCUGUCACCGUGCAAGUCAAAGAGGCUCAGCUGGAUCAGGUUAAGCAAUAUCACCUGAAGAAGAAGAUCAUCACAGCUUUCCUUGAGGUUAUAGCAGCAGAGAAGGAAAAACUGAGCCCAAAUGCCUUGGAAAGCAGUUCCCUUCUGGCUGAAAAACUACAUGCACUGCUGCAAACAAUGGAACAGAAGGAAUCAAUGAUAGAAGAUUUGCUCUGCUUAAGUAGCCAGUUGUCAGUCCACUUGAGUGAUGCAGAGACUUCCGUUGUUUUUGCUCAGCUUGGGCAUUUUCAGGAGGAAUGGAGGCUCCUUAAAGGAAGCAUCAAAAGAGCUGAUCAACAGGCAUCAAAUUCCGCAUGUCAGGCAAAGCUUAUUAUAAGCGAGACUGAAAAGCUUAAAACCAAACUUGAAGCUCUUUUGAAAUUUAAAAAUAACAAUAUAAGUUCUUCAGACCUAGAUGAUCUGACCACAGACCUAAAAGUGUACCAGCAGCUCUACCUACAUUUACAGUCUCAGGCGGCUGUCCUCAUUCGUUUUUCUCUGGGUCAGAAGGAAAAGACUGCAAUUGAAGAAAAUCUUCAUAAUCUAAAAUCCUUGCUCUGUGUCACUAAACACAAUCUUGACUCUUUAGCAGAAAGCUGUGAAGGCAGUUCUCCAAGUAAAAUUAACAACCAACAUCAACAGUUGAUCAUUUUGAUCAAACAAGCAGAAAAUCAUAUUUUUUCUGGUAAAAAGUUGUCUCUUUCUCCAGAGCAGGCUUGUCUUCAGAUUGCUGAAAUGAGGGAAUAUCAGAUGCAAGCUUUGUCUAGACAAGAUAAGAUACAGACGCAGGUUGGAGGGCUGAGAGAUGAAGCGUCUCAAUUGGAAAAUGGAGACCCUGGAGUAUGUAAAACAGCAGACCUGAAUAAAACUCUUGUUGAAAGAUUUGAUCACAUUCUUGAAACCAUGAAAAAUGCCCUUGAUGAAAGGAAGAAAGUUUUGUGUGAGUUUUCCAGCUUGGAUGGCUGGGAAUCAGAAACAUGCAUGAAAAGAGAGUCCUGCAUCCAUGUAAGGGAUGUUUCGAAAGCUGACCUCAGUGAUUUAGAGAGGGAGCUGAAAAGUCAUCAGUCAGCAGCAGUCAAGUUGGAGACCAAACUCAAAUUAGUGGAUUCACUUUCAGACCGAUGCACAAAAUUAGCUGUCGAGCUGAGUCUUUGUGAGAACCUUUACCUUGUCGACAGGCUUUCAGGCCUUUGGGCAGAAUUCCAUGGACAGCUAGCUCAUGAGAAAGCCAUUUGCUGGGAACUGGAGGUGCUAAUCCAUGAGAGAACAUCCUCUAAUGAGGAGUUAUCGACCAUCAAGGCUAACUUAGAGCAAACAUCUCUUGCUUUGGAGAAACAGAACUUCUCUUUGACUGAUCUGAAUAAUACUCUGUCAGUGAUUACACAUUUACAGCACAAGCUAAUAGAACAUCAGUGGGAGGUUCAAGGGCUUCAACAUUGCCAGGAGGAUCAAAGAAACUCUGUGCUGUGCUUCAUUGGGGAACUGAAUGACCAGUGCAAAAUCCGACGAAUAAAUGCUGUUGAUCAAAGCAGAUACUUAUACCUCAGAGGACAAACGGAGGCAUCCAUGGAAUGUACCAAAAGGCAAAUCGAGGAGGCUAAAAAUCAGUCAGUGAGCAUAGCUAAGAGAUUAAGACUGUGUCGGACAUUGCUGGUUGAACUUACCCUUGUCAGUAUUCAAUGUCAGGAUACCACCAAUCAGUUGGAAGCUAUAGCCAAUGAGUUGCAGUCAACUGAGCUUAAUUCAGAGAGGGAAAAGCUUCAGCACAUGGUAGAAACGCUGAACUCCUGGGAGCAUUCUGUCACGGACGAUAUGAAAAAUCUGGAGGCACAGUUUUUGACAGGUCUUCAAUUUUCAUUUGAACUUCCCACAUUGAUGGAGCUGUUACAGAGAGCUAAGAGGCAACUGGAAAAAAUCAAACAAGUCCAGGUAGAUGAAAAAGCAAUAGAUAAUGCCAUAUCACAGUGCUGCUUCAUUAGGACAAAUGUAGAGUCUGGGAUACGAGUGUUGGAAAGCCUGGCACAGAAAGAUAACGUCAACCUAGAAAACUACAAGGAGCUGUAUUCUCUCAGAGACGUUGUAAUGCAAGAGGGUCAUUCAUUGAUGGUCAAUCUGUCUCAGGCCAGGGAAUCCUUUAAAGACUAUCAAUGGGCUGCUCAAGGAGCAAUAGGCUUCCUUCAUAAUGCAGAGGCAACCUUCUUGUCUGCUCCAGGAAGGUUUUUGGAUUGUACCCAGGAGCAAAGACAGACCCAAGAAGCUUUGGAAGUUCUUGAAGAUGGCUUUCAAGCUCACAUUCACCAUCUAGUGGAAAAGGUGCCCCAGCAUUGCUGCCUCUCAUGGCCAGAGACUGAGAGCCUUCAUAUCAGCAUCCUCAGCCAGUUGCUAGUUGGGAGAGCUGUUUUGGAAGCUCAGGCAAAACUCAGACAGGAAUGCUUGGAGAGGUGUGAAAUAAGGCAACAAACCCAUAAAAAGUGGCAUGAAGAUGUUAAGCAGGAACUCUUACAUCUUGAAUCCAAGAUUUCAGAAUGUGCGUCAGAGCUGGUGACAUCAUAUGAAGAGUGCAUCACUCAGCAGAAAAGAGCUAAGGUUCUAAAAGAAGAUCUUCAAACCAUGGCUGGAAAGUUGGAUGACCUGAGAGGUGGAUGUCCAGUUCAGGGUUGUGGAGUUGGAAAGGAUGGUGAGCUUUGUGCCCUCUGGAGACACUGGACGUCGUUAAGACGAGGCGUGGGCCUCCUGUUGGCCCGUGCAGAACAGAAGGGAGAGGAAUGGAAGGACAUUACAACAAGCAUGGAGCAGAGUUGCAGCUAUUUGGCCAGUCUUCAGGCCGAGCUGCCAGAUGCCUCCAAUGUGAGUUUCUCUCAAAAGGAACCCCAAGAGCUUCUGGCGCAGGUGGAGCUGCACCUGUCCGGUUUGGAUCAGGAGCAGCAGGCACUUUUGUUCCUGGAACAUCGGCUGAUGCACGCUUUGGGCCUAAAGUUUUCCCAGGAUUCCAACAACCUUGGACAGAUUGGCAACGCACGGGAGAAGAUCCAAGAGAGCAUUAGGAGCUUGAAAGAGAAAAGCCUUCUUCUUAAGGCUGCAGCAGAAGAAGAGGAGAAAAAGAGACUUCAGGUUCAAGAAGAAAUACAAGAUGUAGAGAAAAAAAUGUUUGCAGUCUUAUCAAAGCUGGAAAUGAGUUCAAAUCUAAUCAAAAAGCAGGAAUUGCAAGAAAACAUUUUCUGUGUAAAGAGUCAACUUGAACGUAUCAUGGGAAGCCUGGAGAGUCGAUAUACAGAAAUCCCAACAGAUAUCGGAAAAAAGAUUCAAAAUCUCAAACAAUUUGCGCAGAAUGCAGAAGAAACGCUUUUGGAAAUGGACAACCCAGUCAGGAUUCUGUCUCGUAGAGUGAAGGAACUGGGUUCUGGUUUGGAUAAAAUAAAAACGUUACUGGAGCAGAGAAGUCCAACAAUUAAAGAAGCUCAGGAUGUCCUCAAGUGUGUGUGGGAUGAACUGGAUGCUUGGCAUAGCAGCUUAAUGCUCCUCGAGAGUGAAGUGCAGGAUCUUGCAGAAGACCACCCAAAUGAGGCCCAGGUUCUAAUGGACCAGCUCACAGAACCAUCUCAGCUCUAUCGGAAUGCAUCCCUGAUGGCUGAGAACCGCACCUCCUUCCUCAGCAAGAUUCCAGCCUGCCUUCAAGAUUUUGAAGACACAACAGACAGAGCGUCCAACUGGAUAGCAGAAGCCCAGUCAUGGCUCAGCAAUCCCUGCAUGUUUACAACAGCUAAAAGUCUGCACAAUCAUGUCAAGUAUAUACAGUUGAUCCUGGAGGACUCGAAGAGGAUCAGACAUACCCUGAAAACGUUUAAAUCAAUGCUGGAGGAGAUCUCUGCUGUGUGUGACGUCAGCAGUCAGGAAGAAAGGCUGGAUCAAAGAGACCAUGAGGUUCAGGAAAUGCUACAGACCAUCAUUCAGCCACUCGCAGAACUUCAGCAGUUCACUGAGAUAGUAGAGAUGGUUGAAGCUGACAUUAAGGGCAUGGAGAAAAACGUCACAAAAAUAAGGACCAUAUUAUACUCCAUGGACGAUGAAGACAUAACUCUGACAGAACAUCUUUACCACUGUGAGGCAGUAUUGUCCCAGAUUCAGACAAUGCAGAAGAGGUUAGAAGAUAUGGAGAAUUGGAAAAUGGAGGUCAACCUACCUGAAAGAGCAGAAAACCUGGUGGUCUUCUCCAAAGCCAGAGUGCUUAUUGAACAGCUGGAUGAGUUGGAGCAAAUAACCAUGGAGGAAAAGUCUCUGCUGGAGAGCAAAAUAGAGGAACAAGAAUCAACUGUCUCUAGUUCUCCUGAAGAGAUGCAGAUCCUGGAGAACCCUGCUCAUAAAGGCUUUUACCAGGAGGCUUUUGAGGUGUCUUAUUCUGAGGAAGAGGUGUAUGAGGGAGAUGAGAGUCACUCUUCUUCCUCUGACACUCUAACAUGCAGUAUUCCAGAGGACCUGGAGGAGACUAUCAAUCUUUCACAUGAACAAAGGGAGGAUAUGUCUGAAAUGAAUCCUCAGGAUACUGUAAAGGAGGUGGAGAGCACGGCUCAUGAAGCAGAAAAAUAUUCAGAAGAGCCUGGAGGUGGUGUUUUGUAUUUGAAGCCUGGGUUUGAAGAAAUGUUUGGUCAGAAUGCUGGAACUGGAGAUGUGAAAGAAAAGGUUUACCAAACCCUUAUUCCGGAAACUGUGACUGAGAGUGGUUUGAAUGAUGAACCCAUUACUACAAAUGAAAGGAACGUUACUGAAGCUUCUUCAGCCCUGCAAGAAUCAUCAAAACAGGAGACAUUUGACAUCAGUCCACAAUUAAACUCACCUUUGAUAGAAACUGCAGUUAAAGACACACAUCUGAUUCCUUCAAGACCUAUUACACCAUUUUGGAGGAAGAAAGCCUGCGAUGAGCACAAAGAAGAUGAUGACACACACUUAUGUUUGUCUCCGACUAACCAUUCACAUGCGGAAGUCUUAAAAGGUUUGAAAGAGCCAAAAGAAGUCAAUUUAAGUACCUAUAGAGGAAUGAGAGGAACUCAAAAAUCCAAGGAAAUUUCUGAUGCUGCACCUGGUUCUCCUGGUUACGAAGAUGAUGUGGAGAAUCCGCCCUGGAGUCGUCUUUGUAUCCAUAUUUCCACAAAACUGAGCUUUUUAAGAAGAGCUUUGGACGACAAGCAAACCAUGAUCUGUACAGAUGAUGGAGAGAAAAGGAAAACGGUUUCAGAGGAAGAGAUAUCUGCUUCAUCAGCUCUACAACAAAUACAUGACACCACUGCUAUGAUGGGACAAAUGCUUUAUGAGGUGACGGCCUCAAGUUCUCCCCAUCUAGAUAUAAAGAAGAAGAUGUAUGAGACUGUGCAGAGGGUCCUCCAUUGUCUCAACUCAUUAACCCACCUUCUAACUAAUAAGGAAAGCUUAGCAGGGGACCCUCAAUUGAGGCUGCUGCAGCUGGAGUGUUUAUCAGCUCAGCUGGUCACUAUGACUGAGCUGAUGGGUAAAAUGGAAUCGCAUAUCAGACCUUCUUUACUGGUGGAAGAAUCAGAAGCUCAAAGCUGUUUGACGUCCCUUCAGGAUUAUCUUCAUAUGGUCCAGCUUCUCCUCAACUCCUCCCACAAUCAGCUGGUGAAACACUCAGGGCUACAGAACCAAGAUCAGACUCCCUCCUCCGACAUUUUGUCUCUCCUGGAUGCAUUUGACAUAGGACAUUGUGAGACCUUCCCAGAACCGAAUAGUGCUCUCAGUUUGGAGUGUGCACUGGGCAGCUGCUUGAGAGUGAAUACAGGGGGAAAAGAGGAACUUCAGCUGGCCUCUCAACUGUUGCUUCAGGGGGUAACUCGCCUCCUGAAACAGGUGGAAGACAGUUUAACAGCAAAAUGGACCAGCCAUAUUCCCAACCGCAGCAAACUUCAAGUUGCUCUCUGCAGACGCAAGAAACUCCUCCAGGUCUUCAGAUCCCAGCUGUCUUUUCUUCAGUUUAUUUUCCAACAUGAACCUAAUGCACUUAAGAGCAAAGAAGAUGAAUGGCUGCGUCUGGAGGCCAGGGCUAAAGAUCUGCAGCAACAAGUUCUGGAGGAAGAAGUUACUUCUCAAAAGAGACUUAAGGAUUGGAUCCUUUGGGAAAAGCUUUGUGGUCAACUUGGAAGGAUGUUGGAUGAGUCUGAAGCCUUUAUAGGUAGAGAACCUGAAGGAGAUGAUGAUGAGGAGAAGACAAUAGAAAGGAGACUACAUGCCUGUGAGCAAACUCUGCUCCAGCUGGAAGAGAGCAGAGGUCUGUUGGGAGUGCUUCUCGAUCACAGGGCGGAUCUGCAGGCAGAGCCAUGGUUCAGUACCUCGGUCAGACCGGCAGGGGGCGCUCUGGAGCUGAGAUGGAAAAGUGUCUACAGACAUAUAGAACAAGAGAUCCUGCGCCUAAGAAACAUCCAGGAAAGCAGGCACAGAUCGGCCAGAUUCCAGGCCGACCUUCCUUUGGUCAGUGAAUGUCUGCUCGGUGCCAGCAAACACCUGAAGACUUUGUCAGAUCUGGCAGAUUCCUCAGACCUGGGUCAGGAGACUCUUCAAAGAAGUUUGGUUGAGCUGCUGGACCUCUCCAUGGAGCUGGAAGCCACGUCUGCACAGAAAGAGUCACUUUCCAAAGAGGUUACUCGACUUCUCCACCUAAAGGAAGCUGAUUGUCCUGAACUGAGAGGUCAGAUCUUACAGCUGGAGGCCAACUGCACCCAGCUGACCUCUGACCUUUCCAAGAUACAGGAGCUUCUACUGCAGCGCCUGGUGCCUGCCCAGCCACCACUAAAUAUGCUGCCUAGACUGGAGAAGUGGAUGAAGGAAAGGGAAGCGCAGCUGAACCGGCAGAAGGAAAGAGUCCCAAAGGCCCAAAACGCAGCUGAGAUUGCUGAAAUUCUGCAGCACUGUCGGGUGUUAAGGAUAGCUGUGGGCAGUCUUCAACAACUCAUUGAUUUUAUGUCUCAGCCUGGCGCUAAUGUGGCGACAGAAAAUGUCCAAACUCGCCGCUUUGAAUGCACAACCUUCGCAGAGAAGCUCGGCAGUGUUAGACUUCAGUGGCUGCUCCUUCAGAGGGAGCUGGACAUCCAGAUUCACAAAGUAGAACACAUCCAUCACGCUUGUGCAGAACGAGAAAGACAUCUGCAGAGACUGCACAGCUGGACGGAACAGCAGAAAAGUAGAAUGAAUCAGUGGAAACAGUCCACUGGUCAAACUUUGGCUCACUAUGCGGUUGUAGAGUUGGAGGUUGAUCUUAGCAGAAUCAAGGAGGUUUCUGCAGCUUUGCAGGAACUGAAAACUGUACAAAUACAUUAUGAGAAGGAAAAGAAGCUCCUGUGUGAUGGGAUCUUCUGUUAUCAAGCAGAGAGUGUGAGAAGGACUUGUGAUGAUCUUUAUCAACAGAUGGAAGAUUUCAAACCAGCUCUUGAAGAAACCGUGGAGAAGUGGACAUGUUUCCACAGAGCUCUGGGGGAUGUUGCCUUGUAUACCACUAGGGCGUGCUGUGCCCUGCAGCAGCAGCAGGCACCACUCUUCUCCCUGCAGCAGGCUGAAGGAUACUUAGGAAUCCUUGAGGACCUCCAGGUGAAGGUGGAGGCAGAGGGAGAGCAAUUUUGGACGGCUGCAGACAAAUCCUACAAGGGGCUUGUGGAAACUCUCCCUGAUGGAUCAGCGCAGCCACUUAGUGAUCAAGUAGAGGAGCUGCGAAAAGGAUCAAAGGACAUUCUCCAAGAGAUAAGAGAUGAGCAGAACAAGAUUAAAGAGACCAUUUCCCUCUGGCAUGAUUAUGUUAACCUUUCUCGGAGCAUUUCUGGACGCCUGCAACACCUGUGGAAUGAGUGGGAGAGGCUGUCAAGUUCUUCACCUGGAAAUGAUGCAGAAGCAUCAGUUUGCUCACUGAAGAGGCUGCAGGAUGCUGCUGAAGAGCUACAGAACAAUGCAGGAGAUGUAGUGGCAGCCUCUAAAGGUCUUCUAGGACGACUUGAACCGUUAUCUGCAAAUUUAAUUAAAUCAGAGGCUAGAUUACUGACCCGUGAUAUCCUGCUGCUGAACCAGGCAAUAUCAGGAAAAAGACAAAAUCUUGAGGAGGAUUUGGAACUAGAGACCCUUGGCUCGUAUGAUGCAGAUCCUCUACAGGCUCUUUUGAAACUUAGCAAUACCGUUCUAUCGCUAGAAGACGUUAGAGAGACGAGUGGCAACAUCAACAUCGACGAGGAGAUGGAGAGAGUUCAGCCAAUCAGCAGGCAGUGGAUGGACACCUUUACCCAGGCAACAGAUGAAAACAAAACCUUGCAAGGCAAGCCUCACAGCACCCGUGACUUUCAAGAAACGAGGGAAAAACUGCAGCGUAUCCAGCAGAACUUGGAGCAAGAAUCAGCAUGCAGAAAAUCUCUGAGUUACUCAAACCUUAAACAGAUACUGAUUGUCCAUCAGAAUCUUCAGGCUGAGGUCAUAAAUGGGCAUCAGCUCCUUCAAGGUCUUCUCUGUGAUGCAGUCAAGGCCACAGAAACUAAAACUGGAGAAAAAAGGUCUGAACUUAUGUGUGAAGCGGCCUGUAUAAGGAGGAGCUGGUCCAGUUCUGUGGCUCUAGCUGCAGAUAACUGGUGUCUGACUAAGGAGCAUCUGAAGCUGUGGAGAAAAUACCAACAUGGUUUUAAACAGCUAAAGAAGCUGUUCAGAGAGGUGGACUCUAUUCUGCCCCCUACAGGACCAUGUCUUCACACAGUGCAGCAGCUGCACUUCUAUCAAAAUGUUCACCAGCUUAUUGACGACUCUCUAGGUCUGCACUCCUCUGUGUACACCCAGACUGUGGAAGCUGGGAACUGUUUGUGUGAAAUCGUUACAGAGUCAGAGAGUCAGAAUCAGCUGCAGUCAGAGCUUCAGGAUCUACAGAAGGCCUGGGAGCGAACCGCCUCCCACCAAAGAAAGAACAGAGAUCUGAUUAAUAACACCGUACAGAUGUGGUCUCGGAGUCAGAAAGAAACAAGCAACAUCUUGUCUGGACUGGACAAGGUGAGCCAUCUGCUUGCUGAAGGGCCAGAAGACUCCAAGGAAGAAGCACACGUCCAGGAGGCUGAGCUCCUUCUGCAACAUUUGGAGGGCGGACUGAGGGAGCUGGCCACCAUGAAGACGGACCUGUCCCAGUAUGUUGCCGCCAGUGACUCUGCUCUGCUGGAGCAACAGCUGGAACUGCUCCACACUCAGUGGGAAGAGCUGUGCUUGAAGGUGUCCUUACGCAGACAGGAAAUCGCUGACCGCCUUGAUGCCUGGACCAUUUUUUAUGACAAGAACAAAGAGUUCUGUGAUUGGCUGAUGCAGAUGGAGAACAAGGUGUGCCACAGUGCAGAUCUGUGCAUAGAGGAAAUGGUGGAGAAACUUAAGAAGGAUUGUAUGGAGGAAAUUAACUUGUUCAGUGAGAACAAGAGCCACCUGAAGCAGUUGGGAGAACAGCUGCUGUUAGCCAGCGACGAGGCCAAGCAGACCCAGGUCUGUGGGUCGCUACAAGAAGUCAAUCAGCGAUGGCAAAACCUCUUUCCGCAAAUUGAAGCCAGGGUGAAGAAGCUAAAGGAGACUCUGGCGAAGUUGCAGCAGCUGGAUAAGAACAUGAGCAACCUGCGCUCAUGGCUUUCACGCAUCGAGGCCGAGCUGUCCAGACCAAUCACCUACAGCGUCUGCCAUGAGAAGGAGAUCCAGAAGAGACUCGCUGAACAGCAGGAUCUGCAGCGGGACAUUGAGCAGCACACGGAAGGUGUAGCAUCAGUCCUCAGUCUGUGUGACACCUUGCUGCAUGAUGAUGAUGCUGCAGGCGGCUUCGAGGCGGAGAGCGACUCCCUGCAGGAAACUAGCCGCAGCCUAGAUCAACAAUGGAGGACCAUCUGUGCUCUGGCGCUGGAAAGAAGGCUCAGGAUCGAGGAAACUUGGACGCUCUGGUGCAAGUUCCUUAACGACUACUCCCACUUCGAGGAUUGGCUCAAGAUAGCCGAGAGAAUGGCUGCCAGUCCAAACUCUGCAGACGUUCUCUAUUCUGUAGCCAAGGAGGAGCUCAAGAAGUUUGAGGUUUUCCAAAGGCAGGUUAAUGAGCGGCUGACUCAGCUGGAACUCAUCAACAACCAGUAUCGCCGCCUGGCCCGGGAGAACCGCACUGACAGAGCCAGCCAGCUGAAAGCCAUGGUCAGAGAGGGCAACCAGCGCUGGGACAGCCUGCACCGCCGGGUGGCUGCCAUCCUACGCAGGCUAAAGUUUUUUACCAGCCAAAGGGAGGAAUUUGAAGGUACCAGGGAGAGUAUGCUUGUUUGGCUGACUGAACUGGACUUGCAGCUUACCAACGUGGAACAUUUUUCAGAGAGCGACGUCCAUCAGAAGAUACAACAGCUCAAUAGUUUCCAAAAGGAGAUCACCCUGAACACUGAGCGUAUUGACGGGUUGAUAGUGUUUGGUGAGGCUCUGAUCCAGAAAAGUUCACCGCAGGAUGCGGCUCUGAUAGAGGAUGAGCUCGAGGAGCUUCACUCUUACUGCCAGGAGGUUUUCAGCAGGCUGGUCCGCUUCCACCAACGUCUGAGUCAGCCCCCGAGGAUCAGAGAGGAACCAGACGUCACUGAUCUCACCUUUUCACUGGAAUCAAGCCUGGAGCUGAUUGGUCGACCGUGGCUUGGAAGGCAAUUAAGUCUGCCGGCCACGCCCACCCACCUGCUCAGCUCUCCUCUGGAGCGUUCAGGGCGGGAGACCCCGGUGAGCGUUGACUCCCUGCCUCUGGAGUGGGACCACACCGGAGACGUGGGAGGGUCAUCAUCCCAUGAGGAUGACGAGGAAGAUGAAGAACACAAAGAUGGGGGGGCUUACUUCAGUGCACUAUCAGUUUCAAGCAGAUCUGUUCUUGAUCAUUCAUGGAGAACACCGGAAACCACAGCAGCUCAUCUGGAAGCAGAGGGACAGGCUGAGCCCAGUCCUGCUCUAACAAGCACUCCUCUGAAGGAUGGUUAUCUGCAGCUCAUGUCCCAGUGCAGCGGCAGCAUCGAGAACAUAAAGAGAGUCUCUCUCAUCCUGGAUGAUGAUGAGGAGCAGCCAGAUGAGUUUGGUUUGACUGGACUGAACGCUUCAGACAACCAAUCAGGUGUGAUUGAACGCUGGGAGCUGCUCCGGGCCCAGUCCAGGUGCAGUCAGCAGUCAGACACUCAGGAUCCUCAGCAGAUUACUGUUGACUUGGACAGAAUUACUUCCUGGUUAGAAAACGUUAUCCCUGAGCUGGACCGCCUGCGGCAGUCAGAACCAGAAGGUGGCAUAGAGGACAUCGAAGUCAGAGCCAAAGAGCUGAAGGAAAUGGAAAAGGUGUUUUGCCACUACAAGACCAUCAUGCUGUCUGUCAACCUGCAGGCCAAAGAGGCACCAGAGCUACAGGACAGACUGACCAGGGUGAACGCAGACUGGAGCAGAGCCUGUACAGGACUGCAGCAGUGGGACCACAGCCUGAGAAAGAAGCUGAUUCGCUGCCAAGAGUUUCAUGAAACCCUUCACUCUCUGCUGCUGUGGCUCCCCUGGGCUGAGAGCAGAUGCUGUGCAGUGGACAUAAAGCACCCAGAAACAAGUGUCAAAGCACUGCAAAAACAACAAAACACGCUGAGGGAGUUGCAGGAGGAGCUGCGAGGCAGACAGGCUAACCAGGCCUCCCUCCAGGCUCUCUGGUCUCAGCUCCAGCCUAAAGACGGUGUAGAGGAGAUGGAUGAAGCCCAGGAGAAGCUGCAUGUGACGUGUAACAAACUGAGGCAGCUCACUAAGAAAGUGGACCGGGACCUCAGCAUCCUGCAGCAGCGCUUGUUGAUUCAGGAUGCUGAUGGUGCUGAAGCAGACACAUCUCAAGAGGCUGACUAUUCCAAAGCAGAAUCCUCCCUUCAAAGGCAAAGAAGGGACUCAUCCCCACCUCGGUCGUUCUUUUACCGCCUCUUCCGGGCCAUCUUCCCCCUCCAGCUCCUGCUGCUGCUUCUUCUGCUCCUCCCCUGCCUGAUUCCCUUGUCAGAAAGCGACUCCAGCUGCACUGUGACCAACAACUUCGCCAGAUCCUUUUACCCCAUGUUGCACUACACCAACGGGCCGCCGCCCACCUAAUAGCGACUUGAAAUGAACGGAAGACAUUUCCCAUGAACGCAUGAGGGACCUUUCAGGAAAAGUAUCAGCCAAAGUAAUAAAAAUAAAAAAGAAAGCAAAACAAAAGUAUUAAAACCCCUUACACUUCCAUUUCAACUAAAUUCAUCAAAGUAUGUUACUUUUUUUUGAAAGAUCAACACAAAG